CACUUUGGAGGGGCGGGCCCCACGAAUCUCGUUUCAUUUUCGGCGGUAUAUAAGCCCGUGUAGCUAGUCUCUAAACAUCACUUGAUCCAACUCAAUUCCCUCGAUCAACAUGGCCUUCAAGCUCAUCGCCCUCGCCGCCCUCGUGGCCGCCGCCAACGCCGGAGUCAUCGCUCCCGCCCCCGUGGCCUACCACGCUGCCCCCGCUUACGGCUACGCCGCCCCCAUCGCCAAGGCCGUCGUCAAGACCAUCGACGCCGACUACGACCACAACCCCCAGUACAGCUACUCCUACGACGUGCACGAUGAGCACACCGGAGACGUCAAGAGCCAGCAGGAGAGCCGUCACGGUGACGUCGUCGAGGGAAGCUACUCCCUGAUCGAGGCUGACGGAACCCGUCGCAUCGUCCACUACACCGCCGACCCCCACAACGGAUUCAACGCCGUCGUUGAGAAGGAGGGAACACCCAACGCUCACCCCGUCGUCGCCAAGUACGCCGCCCCCGCCUACCCCAAGUACGCCCCCGCCGUCAAGGUCGCCGCCCCCGUCGCUCACGCCUACGCUGCCCCCGUCGCUCACGCCUACGCCGCCCCCGUGGCUCACGCUUACGCCGCCCCCGUCUCUCACGGUUACGCUGCCCCCGCUGCCCACGUCAGCUACUCUGCCCCCAGCUACGGCUACCACCAUUAAGCUCCCGCUAUAACCUGUACAAUGGAUAUUUAUUUAUUAUGUGAAAAAUAAACCUGUUCUAAGACAUUAA